CUACUCCACACAGCCUUCGCAGACUCGCUCAGAGCUCGAAACUAAAAGCACAGAAAACGAAAGAAAAGAGAAGAAAACAUGGGAAGCAGAUUGGGAAGACGAGUGGUCCACAUGGCGAAUCUCCCAAUCAAGCUCCUAAUGCCUAGCACCUUCACCAACAUCCAAGAGAUUGCACUCAAGACCAUCCCGUCGGCGUCCAAGAUCGAAAUCAAGCGCGUCCUCGAGUCCCUCUACGGUUUCGAGGUCGAGAAGGUUCGCACCCUCAACAUGGAGGGAAAGAAGAAGAAGCGCGGAGGGCUGUUGAUCGCGAAGCCCGACUACAAGAAGGCUUAUGUAACUCUGAGAAACCCGCUCUCGAUCUCGCCGGAGCUCUACCCGAUUCGGAUCAUCGAGGAGGAUAAGCGCCAACUGAACAAGCAGUCUAAGUCGAGCGUCGUGGAGGACGGCGAGGGCAAGAGGCACUGGCUCGACGAGAAGCCUAGGGCUAAUGAGAAUGGAGGCCAGCGACACGGCGAUCGCGGUCGUCGCGGCGAGCGCCAGCGUGGCGAAGUGGCGAAGUUUCCGUGGAGCAGUAUGAGGUCUGCUGCUGGCGCGAGGUAGGGUUCUUAGAAAAUGAUAGUGAUUGAUGUGAUGGUGGUUGUGUAAUGGUUUUUGAUUUGUGAACCUUUUGAUAGAUUAGAAUAAGCUAUGUAAGCGGAAAGAAGAAUUAAAAAGCCUUUAGAUGGAAUGUGGAGCAUUGACAUUUUGAUGAA